AUGUCAGCCUCCCCAGCUUCGGCUGGAAAGCAAGACAAGGGAGCAAUGUCAUCCCGGUUAAUGACCAUGAAAUUUAUGCAGCGCGCCGCGGCGACAUCUGCAUCAAAAGAAACCGAAUUGCCUGGAUCAAGCCCCGCAUCAAAAGGAAAAGACCAUUCUCCCAAGCGCCAGCGCAUGUCUAUGGAAAAUACUGGGCAGUCAGACCUAGAAAGAAUGCAAGCCGCGAUGGCAGCUGAGGAGGAGAAGCGCCGUGUGGCCGUUGCCCGACAAGCCGCUGAGGCGGGCGAGAGUCAAUGGGUGUUGAAUAUUCCUGCUGCGACUCCUCGCGCCCAACCCUAUGUUAUGGCUGCGGAAUCCCUCGAUGCUGAAGAUGAUCUCCAUGGAGGCCGUCGAGGAUUUGGAAACUUUAAGCGCAAGCAAAAUACUUCUGCCCAAACUAAUAACGGAAGCGACGACGAUGAAGAAGGGGCCAAUGGCUCAGCUCGUUCUCGUCAUGGACAAGGAUCUCGUGGACCGAGACUCAAAGAUCUCACAUCCAUCUCGGGUGGCGGUGGUCGUGGUCAAUCAAUGGGCGCGCCGUCGCAGAAGAAAAAGAAGCGAAAGAGUGGCCAAGGCCACUAG